UCAUUUUCUUACUUUCAACAACUGUUUGCAUUCUUUAACAUAAUCAAAACCUCCCACUUGACACAUACCAUGAGAGUGAUCUGCCCAGCUUCAUCCAUGAUGCAAACAUCAAACUUCUUGCCAGUGAGCAAGGAACUAGUAAUUCCCAGACAAGUGACAGCAACAACUUUCACCUGGUCUAAUCUCGGCUUGAUAUACUCCAUGUUAUCUUUAUCUGCAAAGCAACUUCCUCGGACUUCCUCAUGAACAGAGCCAAGCCUUCCAACUCGUAGGAAAUCAACUCCCUGCAAUUUAUCACAUUGUUUAAUCUUCUUACAUAAAACAAAAAUGAUCAUAUCCAUUCCAGGUAGGAUGGGCCAACCAGACAGACAUGAUUAAUCAGUGCCCAAUGUUUGUUGAGAAUCGACUACCAAAAUUAAUAUUUUUAAACAACAGAUGAGAAAGUGGCGGCAACCCACAUUGUGGCAUGAUGAGACCCACAGCUCAACCAUAUGACAACCACUUAUGAAUUAUCUACUUCAUUGCCAGUUUUCUGUUCCUGAGAAACCAAUAAUUCCCUUCCAAAAGCUUGUCCCUUGUUUCUAUUAUACCAUCAUCAAUGGCGGACCAACAUUCCACUUCCCACCUCCACCGUCCGCUUCUGCCCACGCCCACCGUCGUCUCCACCGCCCGUUUUGACAACAGAAAUUUCUUCUCCUCCAAUUCUGAUGUCUUCCUCCGCCUGACAUUAAUCCUCUCCGUCGGGCUGAUCUCUCUAUGGGCCAACCACGAAGCAUCUAAAGGCUUCCAAGUCCAAAUCUUUAACGAUGCCAGAGACUCUCCGGCUGGCAAGCGAUUCGACCUCUUCUACAUCUCAAAUGACCGAGCCACCAGAAUUCUCCUCAACGCCAGUACUUUCGUCGAGCACUUGGUCUACGCCCCAGAAGACCAUCCAAAUCACAAGAAGCCAGUUCACAGGGUCGCCCUCCGUCUUGCCUCCACCAGCAACCUAACCGCUGAUGAAACCGUCACGAACCACGGAGGCAAAUUUGUCAUCCGAUUGAGUCCGUCCCUGAUGCAAGGUCUGACUGCCGGGAGCAGAGACUCUGCAAUUGCUUCCGCCGUCUUGCGAGGCAUGGCAAGAGUCUGGUUGUGGGACGGCGGGGAGGAGUCCAGAGCUCCGUCGUGGGUGAUCGAAGCUGCCAUGGAGUGCGUGAGCAGAAUGGCAGGUUUCGGCGUCGGUGGUAGCUGGGAGGAAUUGCCGGCGGAGAACGGUGGCGGCCGGCGGCGGGUAUGCUGGGGGGAAACGACGGAUGCUAGGAUGCUCGCGGGAAUUAUGGAGCACAGCGAGCGGCAUAGCAAGGGAUUCAUCCGGCGGCUGAAUCAAGCGCUGAGGAGCGGGUGGAGGGAUCGAGCGACGGUGGAGGAAGCGGCGGGGAUGACGGUGGAGCAAAUGUGUGAAUCAUACAAGCACUCUUCACCUCCAAAUUCCGUAGUUGAUUUAUGACGAAAUUCUGAUUUGUGUGGACUGUGUGGAGUAUACAGUUUUCUCGGAAUAAUUUGAUUACUAUUAUUUUUUAGCCAAAAAAUAUUUAAUUCAUUCAAAUCACUCAUCUGACGGUGAAAAAAAAAGACAGCCUUGA